AUGCAUAAGGGUCGUAGCAGGAGUAGAAGCAGCAGCAGCAGCAGCAGCAGCAGCAGCAGCAACAGCAGCAGCAGCAGCAAAAGAUACAAAAGUGAAUACAAAUGGAAAGGCCGCAUAAAGGCAGCAACCCGGGAGGCUCUGCAGCAGCAGUGGCUCUCGCGUCUGCUGCUGCUGCUGCAGCAGCAGCAGCAGCAACUGACAGAAGCGCAGCAGCAGCUGCUGUCGUUGCUGCAGCAGCACAAGCAGCAAGACACGGGGCUGCUGCAGCAGCUCUCGAUGCCCCGCAUGCAGCUGGGAACGAAACUGAGGCGGGAGUUUGCUGCUGCAGUGCAGCAGCUGCAGCAGCAGCAGCAGCAGCAGCAGCAAGACCACAGCAGCAGCAGCAGCAGCAGCAGCAGCAGCAGCAGGUCUGCUGCUGAGAGACAGCUGCGUGUGUGUCUCAUGGAUUUUAUUUAUUUUCUUCCUGCUCUGUCUGCAGCAACAGCAACACACUGUCUCCUCCUAGCUGCUCACGCGUACCCCACGCAGCAGCAGCAGCAGCAGCAGCAGCAGCAGCAGCAGCAGCAGCAGGAGGAGGAAGGGGAUGAGUGGGAUUUGUUGCAGCUACAAACAAAGACAACAGUGGAGCUGAUAGAGUUGUCGGAAGGGGAUGAGUGGGAUUUGUUGCAGCUACAAACAAAGACAACAGUGGAGCUGAUAGAGUUGUCGUUUGCUGCUGCUGCUGCGCGCUGCAGCACGAGGUGUCUCCGCAGCUAUUUAGCUGCUGAUUUGUCUGUGCUGCUGCAGGCGUUGCUGCUGGCGCGUCGCAGCGGUGUAGCAGCAGCAGCAGCAGCAGCAGCAGGAACAGCAGCAGCAGCAACAAACGAACUGAUUGCGAGAGCAGCAGCAGAAAUAGAGUGGAAAGCAGCAGCAGCAACAACCAGAGAAGCUGCUGCUGCACUGGCGCAGCUAGCAGCACUAGGCUAUAGACACCCUGGGGUGUACAUGCAGCUCACCCACCGGCUCACAGACCUCAUACUAAACCCACAGCAGCAGCAGCAGCAGCAGCAGCAGCAGGAGCAGCAGCAGCAGCAGGAGCAGCAGCAGCAGGAGCAGCAGCUUGCUGCUCUUGCUGCUCUUUCUGCUGCUGCUGCUGCUGCUACAACUGCUGCUGCUGCUGCUGCACCAGCCGCUGCUGCUGCUGCUACAGCUGCUGCUGUCAUCCAGGGCACCGGCCAACACCUCCUACACAACGAGCAGCAGCUGCAGCACCAGCAGCAGCAGCAACAUCAGCAGCAGGAGCAGCAGCAGCAGCAGCAGCAACAGCAGCAGCAGCAGCUGCAGCAGCCGCAGCAGCAGGUCAUGCUGCGCCCACAUACAGUAGCUGAUUUAGCGUUUUUUGUUUCUGCUUAUCAGCGCAUGCAGCAGCAGCAGCAGCAGCAGAAGCAGCAGCAGCAGCAGCAGAACGAAAUAAACAGAUGCCAUGCAGCCCCCAUGGAUGCAGCAGCAGCAGCAGCAGCAACAGGAGCAGCAGCAACAGCAACAACAAUACAAGGAGAAACACCAGUCUUCUUAUCUGCUGCAGAAGCAGCAGCAGUUGCUGCUGUGUUGCUGCCGCAUGCUGCUGCUGCUGCUGCUGCGGGGUCUCUGCGUGGGGACCAAAUCUGUACACUUCUUCGUUUCUUCGCUGCUGCAGCUGCACAACAGCACCAGCAGCAGCAGCAGCAACAGCAGCAGCAGCAGCAGCAGCAGCAGCAGCAGCUCAUGCUCUGUUGCAGCUUGCUGCAGCAGCUACAAGACAAGGGCCCACGGUCUCUGCCUCAGCAUUCGCUGGCUUCCUCUUUGCAUGCGCUGCGCACCCUCUCUCCGCGGUCUCUGCCUCAGCAUUCGCUGGCUUCCUCUUUGCAUGCGCUGCGCACCCUCUCUCCGAAAAAAAAAAUGCAGCAGCGACAGCAGCAACAGAAGCAACAGCAGCAGAAGUGUUAA